GGCCACCUAGACCAAUCUCUCUCCAGUAUUUGAGCUCAUGCUUUUCUUCGCCGCCGCUGCGCUGGGCCUGUCCUUACCAUCUCUUGUGGGAGCAAUAUCGCCGUCUUUCUCUGUACAGAACGAUGCGUACGACAGUGGGCUGUUCACCCCAAUGGAGGAUUUGAACCUGCUCUCUUAUUCAGAGUUCGCCACCUUGAGUCACCCGGCAUUUCCAAAUUACAGCGUUAGAAUCAAGAAAACGGACUUUUGCGAUGGUACUGUUGCGGCCCAUACAGGAUACAUCGACAUUGAAGCAAGACACCUGUUCUUCUACUUCUUUGAGAGCAGGAGCGAUCCGGAUAUUGACGACGUCAUUUUCUGGACCAACGGAGGUCCCGGUGCCUCUUCCAUGCUAGGGCUCUUCAUGGAGCUUGGCCCUUGCCGGAUUACCGAUGACCGUGGUCCUGUUUUCCAUAAAGAGUCCUGGAAUUCUAAUGCCAACAUCUUUUUCGUCGACCAGCCUAUUGGCGUAGGCUUCUCUUACGCUGACUAUGGCGAAACUGUCGGUACAACUGAAGAAGCCGCUAAGGAUAUUGCAUCUUUCGUAGCCAUCUUCUUCGAACAUUUUACCAAGUUCAAAGGUCGCGGCUUCCACAUGUCUGGGGAAUCCUAUGGCGGACGUUACUUGCCGCUCUUUGCUUCUGCGGUAUAUGACCAAAAUGCAUACCUCAUUGAUGCUGGCCUUACACCAGUUAACCUGUCUUCGAUCAUGAUUGGAAACGGAUUAACUGAAUUCGCCACAAUGACCUUGUCCUAUUACGAGAUGACGUGCACUUUUGCCUCCGUUCCUCCCGUUCUAGAUAUAUCAACAUGUGUUCGCAUGAAACAAGUGCUCCCUCGAUGCCAGAAGUGGAUGAAAGAGUCCUGCAUCGACCAGUUUGACGACAUCAACUGUGCAGCUGCGGCCAACUUCUGCUCAGAUGAACUAUUUGGACCGUUCAGCUCCACAAACAAGAAUCCAUAUGAUAUCAGUGUGGACUGCGAUGGACCCAUCGAAGAAACGCUUUGCUACCCCGUAACGAAUAACAUAUCCGCCUACCUCGACCACCCCAGUGUUCGCACCAAACUAGGCGUCGACCCACACUUUGACGGACAAAACUUCAGCUCCGUCUCAUGGGAGGUAAACAGUGCCUUCGUGACGACCAUGGACGAGUACCAUCAAACGCAACUGUAUAUCGCGGCCCUGCUGGAGCGCAAGGUACGGGUCCUUGUGUACGUAGGCAGCUAUGAUUUUAUAUGCAAUUGGGUCGGGAACAAUGCAUGGACAUUGGUGCUGGAUUGGAGUGGUAAGGAAACGUUUGUAAAUGAGGAGCUAAGGGAAUGGUUCAUUGGGGGAAAGAAGGCUGGUUUGACGAGGAGCAGCAAGGGCUUGACGUUUGCUACGAUUGAAGGGGCGGGCCAUAUGGUACCUUAUGACAAACCCCAGGAAUCUCUAGAGCUUGUCAAUCGCUGGCUGAAGGGACAGGCUUUAUAAGUCGUAUUCGCUCUUCUCUAAAUUGAUGUCCUAAUUAUCAGUGUAUAACGUAGUAUAUUUACAUGCGAUAUCCUGACGUACAAGUCUUGAUGGAACUAUAGAACUAUUCUUCUGUAGGCCGGAUCUGUCGUAAAACUUUCAGCCCAUUGG